UGUCAUGUGACUAAAAGUGGGCGGGCCGGACACCGUUUCCCGGAAACAUGGAGGCUGUGUUAAGUGAUGUGGUAGCUCCUGAGGACCUUCUAAAGUUUGAGAAGAAGUACAACAGCGAGCUGGUGAAGGGCACUGUCUCCAAAGAAACAAAGUUUGAAUAUGCUUGGUGUUUGAUCAGGAGUAAAUACACUGAAGAUAUCAAGAAAGGAAUUGUUCUCCUGGAGGAACUCGUUCAGAAAGCAUCAAAGGACGACUCCCGGGACUUUCUGUUCUACCUGGCAGUGGCCAACUACAGACUCAAAGUGAGUGAUGCCUCUGGUUUUAUCGUGGCCAAAACUCCCUGUGAAAAAUGUGCACUCGAAUAUGAGAAGGCGCUGAAGUUCAUCCGGACCCUCCUGAGGAACGAACCGGGGAACAAGCAGGCGCUGGAGAUGGAGAAGCUCAUCGACAAGGCCCUGAAGAAAGACGGCCUGGUCGGCAUGGCGAUCGUGGGCGGCAUCGGCCUGGGCGUGGCCGGCCUGGCGGGCCUCAUCGGGCUGGCCGUGUCAAAGGGAGCUGCCAAAUCCUAACCCGGAGGAGGACCCCGCUUCCGCAAUUUGCUGGACUUAUUCACUCAACCUGCGUUAAGAAUAACAACAAAAAAAAAGAAGAAAUUAAACUAAAUAUCUGAAGGCGUGUAAUUUUGGGUUUGGAGCCGAAAGCUUUUUAAUAACGGCACGGAAGUGGUUUGAUACGCUUUGCUCUCUGCACUCGUUGUUUUUCCGUUUGUGUUUAAAAAAAAAAAAGAA